UAUUUAAGCCUCUCCCCUCUCCCCUGUAUAUACUUUUAUAGUUUUAUUCAAUAAUCUCUCUCCCAAUUUCCGAUCAAAUCUCUCCGCCGUCUCUUCACCGGAGCUUAACAUUUUCGAUCAUUUUUUUUCUUUUUUCAUGGAAGAACCACCGCUGACCGCCGUGAAUUUGCCUCCCGGAUUUAGAUUCCACCCCACAGAUGAGGAGAUCGUCACUUAUUACCUUGCUAAGAAGAUCGUCGACGCCGCCUUCACUGCCACCGCCAUCGGAGAAGCUGACUUGAACAAGUGUGAACCUUGGGAUCUGCCUCAGAAGGCUAAGAUGGGAGAAAAGGAAUGGUACUUUUUCUGCCAAAGGGAUCGGAAGUAUCCGACCGGGAUGAGAACGAACCGGGCGACUCAGACCGGUUAUUGGAAGGCGACCGGAAAAGACCGAGAGAUUUUCAAGGGAAAGUCGGUUCUUGCCGGUAUGAAGAAAACGCUGGUUUUUUACAAAGGAAGAGCUCCCAAAGGUGAAAAGACCAAUUGGGUCAUGCAUGAAUUUCGACUCGAGCCUAAAUUUUCUCACUUUCUUCGUCUUCCUAAGCCCCUUAAGGACGAUUGGGUCGUUUGUCGGGUUUUUCACAAGAACCCCACGACAUUGGCAACACCGAUGAGAAGGAUUCAAACUUCUGACUUCUCUUCUUCUCUUCCACCUCUAAUGGAUCCUGCCGUUGAUCCUAUUUCGAUCGAUGGUGGAUUUGAUGAUUACGAAGCCAAGUGUAGGCUGCCGGGACCAUCCGAUUAUUACUUGAAGUACGUCUCAACUAGUACAAAUAAUCACUAUCGUUAUUGCCAACCGGCAGCAACACUUCCAUUGCCGCCGACGAAUGCCGCAACAACAAUGAUUCCGACAAUGAACUCGCUCCCAUUGUCAGUUCCUGACGACGGAUUCUUCUCGUUCGAUCAACUAGUUGCUAGUGGGACAACGUCAUCCGUAACACCACCGCCAACGACGGAGUGCAAAAUGGAAAAGGUUUCGUGGUCGAUGAUGAGCGGUGUGACACAGGCCGACGUAUCGCCGUCGAUCGAAAAUAGCAGUUACGAGGCGGACGACAUGGCGGAUCUGGAGUUGUGGGACUACUACUGAUAAUUGAAAGUAGCUGUGUGUGAUGAGCAAUGGCAAUGCUUUCUUUUAAAUUGGCAUUUCCCAUAUACAUUGAAGAAUUAUUGUUCAUGUGAUUGCUGCACUACAUGAACAAUAUUUGAACAACUGAUUAAUUAAUUGCUUUCUAAUUAAUUUUAUUGUUCUUUUUUAGAUUCUAAUUCUUCUGUUAAUUAAUAGUCUUUUUUUGGGAAGGAAUAUUUAGAAGAACUUUUAAUGGGUUUGGUUUGUGGAUUGUAAUUGAUAUAUGUAGCAAUGUAACAUUGUAUAGAGUUCUCUCUUUAAUUUUUUUCCCCUUCCCUUUUAGAGAACUAUUGUAAUUUUUGUGUAAUAAAUAUGAUAUAGAAAAAUUAUAUACACAUGAUGUUUCUUAUUU